AUGGCUGAUCGCGAUUGUCUCCUCCCCCAGCGCCCGUCUAUGCGUACCAUGCGCGAGAGGCUUGUGUCUCCUGUCAGGGACUUCAGGAUCGACGCCUUAGGAGCCGGAGCUGGUACUGGACCGGGAGGAGUCCGCGCUCUCGCCGCUGCCCUCGGCCUCACCAUGCCUGUGUCCAUCUUCGCCGAUGUGCCCCAGGCCCAGCCUGUUCUUGUCUUCAAGCUCACCGCAGACUUCCGCAAGGACCCGGACCCCCGCAAGGUCAACCUAGGAGUGGGAGCAUAUCGCACAGAUGAAAGCCAGCCCUGGGUUUUGCCAGUAGUGAGAAAGGUGCAGCGACAGAUUGCUGCUAAUGAGAGUAUAAACCAUGAGUACUUGCCUAUCCUGGGAUUGCCAGAAUUUCGAAACAAUGCUUCCCGAAUUGCUCUUGGAGAUGACAGCCCAGCCAUCAAGGAGAAUCGGAUAGGAAGCGUGCAGGGUUUGGGAGGAACGGGGGCCCUUCGAAUUGGAGCUGAGUUCUUGCGCAGAUGGUACAAUGGAGCGAAAGGUGCAGCUACCCCGGUCUAUGUGUCUUCUCCAACCUGGGAAAAUCAUAAUGGUGUGUUUAGUGCUGCUGGCUUUACAGACAUCCGAACUUACCAUUACUGGGACGCAUCUAAGAGAGGACUUGACCUUCAGGGCAUGCUACAAGACAUGGAGAAAGCUCCAGAGUUCUCCAUCUUCGUUCUUCAUGCCUGUGCACAUAACCCAACUGGCACAGACCCAACCCCGGAGCAAUGGGAGAAGAUCGCUUCUGUCAUGAAGCGUCGGUUUCUGUUCCCCUUUUUCGACUCAGCCUAUCAAGGUUUUGCAUCUGGGGACCUAGACAAGGAUGCUUGGGCUGUCCGCUAUUUUGUGAAUGAGGGCUUUGAGCUCUUCUGUGCUCAGUCCUUCUCUAAGAACUUCGGGCUCUACAAUGAGCGGGUGGGGAACCUGAUCGUGGUUGGGAAAGAUGGUGAUAACGUCCUGCGUGUCCUUUCCCAGAUGGAGAAGAUAGUGCGUGUUGUGUGGUCCAACCCCCCUGCUCAGGGAGCUCGGAUCGUGGCCACCACCCUUUCCAGCCCCGAGCUCUUUAAUGAGUGGAGAGACAACGUGAAGACCAUGGCCGACCGGAUUCUCUUGAUGAGAGCCGAGCUCCGAUCCCGCCUCGAGGCCCUGGGCACCCCCGGCACCUGGAACCACAUCACCGACCAGAUCGGCAUGUUCAGUUUCACCGGCCUGUCCGCUAAGCAAGUGGAAUAUCUAGUCAAUGAAAAGCACAUCUACUUACUGCCAAGUGGCCGGAUCAACAUGUGUGGCCUGACCACAAAGAAUCUGGAUUAUGUGGCCACUUCCAUCCAUGAAGCUGUCACUAAAAUCCAGUGAAGAAGCCCCAAUCCAACCAGCACCACCAAAGUUGCUGUCUAUCGUGUGUGUGUAUCCCCUGCUUGCCUAGACCCAUUAUCUAUAUAGUGUAUUAGUGACAAUCAAAGGACUGAAAUGACUACAAGUGGUGGGGAUGCCAGUGUUUGGAAUUGACAUCAUUUGAGUUUACCCAGGAUUGGCGUCCUUUUGGAGGCCCAUGAAAAAUUAAUGUUUUGAUUUAAAGGCCCCCCCCCCAAAAGUAGGAACCCCUCCCCCAUACCAUGUUAAUGAUCAUUAUGUUAUUUAGGCAUGUUGGCCCACCCUCCCUCAAUCAGUGUGUUCGUAGUUCAUUUGCUUCUGUGUGGGUAUUGUGAAGGAUAGAUGAUGCCAAAUCAUUUAGUCGUGGAGCAAAACCUACCCCAAAGAUCAAGUCAGCAGAAGAAUUCUGUGAUUGUAGCCAUUGGCAAUACCAUUAAAAAACACCAAAACAAAA